UUAGAAGUGCUCCCGAAGCAGUGGAUUAUUUGGAAAAGUGGGUUAAAUGUUUGGCAACUCAACCUCUAGAUAGCAUCAACUUAUAUGAAUUGGAAAAGAGAUCACCCUAUGGCUAUCCACAAAGUUGGAAAGUGAUCUAGGAAGAGGCAGUGACAGCAGGUUCCGAUAGCAUAAGCGAAUAUUUGAAGAAGGUGAUGAAUGCUCGGAAUGAUAUUGAUGCUCUGCCAAUAUCGGAUACUGUGGAGAGUGAUUCAGAAUAUAGUCCCAUUCUCCAAGAUACUGUGUUAGACCUUGAUAAUGACUUAAUGACUGUUAAAUCUCGGCUUGUGGGACCUCCUUCAAAUCUAGAUGUCAUCUCAAUUGUUGGCAUGGGAGGAAUUGGCAAAACGACUCUUGCUAGACAAGUUUAUGAUGAUAUUUACAUGGAGCAUCACUUCUACAUUCGUGCUUGGAUUACUGUAUCUCAAAUGCAUCAACAUAGAGAAAUGUUGUUGGGCAUUUUGCGGUGUUUUUCACUGGUCAAUGACAACACCUACCUAAAGAGUACUUAGCAAUUAGCUGAGCAAGUUUAUAGAAGUUUGAAGGGAAGGAGAUAUCUCAUUGCAAUGGAUGAUGUGUGGGACACCAGUGCAUGGGAUGUUGUGAAAAGAUCUUUUCCAGAUGAUAAAAAUGGAAGUCGUGUCAUACUUACUAGUCGGAUAGCAAAUAUAGGUAUCUAUGCUAGCUCAGGCAGCCCUCAUUAUAUGCGGUGCUUAAGUGUGGAAGAGAGCUUAAGGUUAUUCAACUUAAAGGUAUUUGGAAGGGAGACUUUCCCCUUUGAGCUGGAGAAAGCUACAAAGCAAAUAGUCGCUAAAUGUCAAGGACUACCGCUAACAAUAGUUGUGGUUGCUGGAUUUUGUUCCAAGAUCAGCAAGACGGAAAAUUGUUGGGAAGAUGUAGCCCAUAAAGUUGGUCUGAUUGUGAAUACGGAUACAGAAGAAUGUCUUGACUUACUUGCGUUGAGCUAUAACCAUUUGCCACAUCACUUGAAGCCAUGCUUCCUGUAUAUGGGAGCUUUUCCAAAAGGCUUUGAGAUUAGCGUUUCAAGACUAAUCAAGUUAUGGAUUGCUGCAGAAUAUGUAAGAUGCAAACCUGAAAAGGACUUUGAAGAAAUUGCAGAGGGAUACCUAAGUGAUCUUAUAGGUAGAAGUCUAAUUAUGGUUAAGAAAAUGACCUCAAGUGGCAAGGUCAAAACAUGUGAGGUUCAUGAUCUACUGC